GUCGUUCAUAUAAACACUGUUGCAAGGUAGCAGUUUAUUUAGCUUCUCUUUUGACCUAGUAUUUUUUUAAUAAACAUUUUCGUGUCAGCCUUUGCAGCUCGAGACGACCCACACGUGAUCGGCCAGCAUAACUAGGCGCUUGUUAGUUACAGUAUUUGAAUUUGACGAGGCUAUUUUAACGUUGGAUAGCUAACUAUAUUCGCUGGUUCGAAAUUUCGAAUAGAUCUCACAUGAAUGUUUUAAAUAUAUGGUUAUCACAAGCGUACCUAAUUUUGAUAUUUAAGGCAGACUGUAUGAAGUUAAUUUGUUAACCGGUUAGACGUUAGUUUUUCUUGCCAGCUUGAGCUGCUGUAUAUUUUCUGUUCGGCUAAUAAAUUAUAACGUCAUUUGUUUUUGAGAGCCAUCUGCGGUCAUUUUUACUUUUUCAAGAACAAGGCUUUCUACCUGAAAUAUUUGUGUUAGGGAUUCCACAAACAUUGUAGCUAGCUAGCAUUUAGUUUGCUUGCACCCGUAACAGCGAUUGUAACCACGAGCCAGCAUCGGCCAAGCGAAUUUGACAAUGUAUUUAGUCAAUAAUUAAGUUAUCAAGAGCAGUUUCACACACACACACACACCGAUAACUGACUUCUGUUGUCGAGAAUUUGCAUCCAUCUUUGCUUAUUUUCAUUACCGAAAGUGAAGUACCCUGACUAGCCACAGUCAGAAGCAGUUGAGUAGCUAGCUAUCCAAAUUCUGUAUCUGAUUGUCAUUUUAUCAGUGUUAUUGUUGAAAAUGGCGGCGAUCGAAAUGGUGCAGAUGUUGAUCGAAGCAGCAGAAUACCUUGAUCGCAGAGAAAGAGAAGCUGAACAUGGCUAUGCCUCCAUGUUACCUUUCACCACCAGCAAAGAGAAGGACAGCUUGAAACGGAAAAAUAAAAGCAAGAAGAACUCCAGUAGCAGAUCCAUACACAACGAGAUGGAGAAGAACAGAAGAGCACACCUACGGCUGUGUUUAGAGCGAUUGAAAUCCCUCGUUCCAUUGGGACCAGACUCCAACAGGCAUACCACCCUCAGCCUGUUGAUGAGAGCCAAGAAACAUAUUGGGAGGUUGGAGGAGAGCGAGCGGAGAGCCCAGCAUACCUUAGACCAGCUGCAGAGGGAGCAGAGGCACCUCCAACGACGUCUGGAGCAGCUAGGGGUGGAGAGAACACGUAUGGACAGCACAGGAUCCACCGUCUCCUCUGACUAUCCAGAUGCAGACCAGGAGGAGGAGCUGGAUGUGGACGUGGACGUGGAGGGGACUGACUAUCUGCUGGGGGAUCUGGAGUGGAGCACCAGCAGUGUGAGUGACUCUGACGAGAGGGGAAGCCUGCGCAGCAGCUGCAGUGAUGAGGGCUACUCAAGCGCCAGCCUGCGCCUGCAGAACCAGAAAACUCAGGAGAACGCCAAGCAUUUGGGCUGUAGCCUAUAAGAGCACAGCCCUCAACCUCUGGCCCAUGUGCAACGGCGUCCCUCUAUCGUCAAGUUAACUCGCGCCCACCAACCAGUCUCUGCCAAUCAGACCUCACCUCCAGCAGGACUGGCCUUCUGACAAAGCCCUCUCCUCCAGCAGGACUGGCCUUCUGACAAAGCCCUCUCCUCCAGCAGGACUGGCCUUCUGACAAAGCCCUCUCCUCCAGCAGGACUGGCCUUCUGACAAAGCCCUCUCCUCCAGCAGGACUGGCCUUCUGACAAAGCCCUCUCCUCCAGCAGGACUGGCCUUCUGACAAAGCCCUCUCCUCCAGCAGGACUGGCCGUCUGACAAAGCCCGCUCCUCCAGCAGGACUGGCCUUCUGACAAAGCCCUCUCCUCCAGCUGUAUUCCACCUCACUUUCCCCCUCAGACCUCCAACACCUGAGACACCCAUCAUCCCAUUUCAACCGUCCAUCGGCCAACCAAAAUGGAAGAUCUGCCCAUUCAGAGCCUCUGGCUCAAUAAGAUGAGUAGUAUUUGGAAGACACCCCUCCGUCCAUCCCUUUCUGUGUCCACCACCUCCGUCUCGACCUGCUCUGCUGUCAGUUUCAGUGUAAGAGCAGAGAGGUGACUUGACUGUUUUCACAUAUCCAUGCUGUUUCCCCCUUCCAGCUCCCAGCGUCUGAGAACGAAAGACUUCAGCUAGAGAAUGUUAUUACAACACUACACCUACACCUCACUGCCCCCCCUCCCUUCGACCCCCAGCUCUAGCUCCCAUCUCACCCAUAUCUAUAGGUGGUGGUACAAACAAUCGGCAGCGAUCGGCAGCAAUACAUCCAUCCCUCUCUCCUCAACCUGGCUUAGCGGUUGGAUAGAUACCUCCAUGUUUUUGGCUCUUAUAAUGGGGGGCUAUUACAUUUUAGUUUUUAUUUUGGCAUACCCUGUACUUUCAAAUCCUCACCUGCCAUUCUGAAUUUUUAUGAGGAAAAAUAAAUUGAGGACAAAAACUUGUUAUGAAGAAUGUGCAGCAUGAGAUUGUUAUGAGGUAUCUUUUAUCUUCCUCUCUCUGAUGGCGGUGAGAUUGUUAUGGGGUAUCUUUUAUCUUCCUCUCGCUGAUGGCGGUGGCGUCUAACUCAUCUUUUAAUGUGAUGGUCUGUGUUGCUGCUAGUCAUGUCCUGUAGCCAGUGGUAGUCACUUGAAUAUGUGUUGAAGUUAUACAGACAGACAGUAAGUUACCGGUAAUUGUUGAAAGUAGACCAGUGGAGGGAUUAAAGCACAUUCCAUGUUCGAGAGAAAGUAGGCCAGAUGGAGCAUUACCUUCAUCCAUAUUUAUGAGGGAGUGUUUUCAGUUUUUAAAGCCAGGAAGGUUCUAGCUAUCUGCUUCAGGUUACCCACAAGCAGAACACAACAGAUGUGCUGACUUGCUUUGCCUUUGGGUCAGAGCACAGUACAAGCAAGAUCAAUGUCUUGUGAGUUUGUUCACCUCUGGAAAGAAAAGAGCAGAAAGGCUACUGUACACUAAAGAUACACUCCUCUGCCUUGUCUAUAUACUUAGAUAUUGUUUAUGCAAAAUGUUGUGUUUAUGUAAAUAGUUUAUGCAGAAAGAUCUGUUUAUCAAAAAAAAGGUAUUUAUAUUCGAUGUAAAUAUAUAGAUAUAUCUAUUUAAUUGCUUGUCGCUUUACUAGUUUUUGUUGUGAGGGUUUCAAUGUAUAGUUGGUUUGCACAGCAUAGUCGAUCCAGAGCUUUUUAGAUCUGUAAUUUGUGCCUAUAGGCUUGUGUGUCCUUUCAAAAUUGGCACAGUGCUCCUAGAAUUGAAAUGGUUUUAUUUGUGGUUGAUUAUAUUUAUCUAUUUCAAAUCUAUCCUCUUUGUCAACAGGUAAAUAAUGCAAAAAUAUAUAUAUUAAUAUAAAAAUGUAUUACAUUGAAAAGAGGAGCUGGCGUGUGUAUUUGUGCUUUGGCAUUGCUGGGAUGGUGGGAAGCUACAGUGGGCUUUCUCCCUUUGUGCCUGGGGGCCUUAAACAAAAUGGCUUCUCCACCCAAGAGAUUAUAACACAUUGUAGAAAGAGGAGGAAUUGGUGGGUUCAAUAACCAGGGGAUAAGAUGGGGAGGUUUGCAGCAGCAUUUGAAUGUAGUCGACUAGCCUAUAAUAUAUCUCCCCCUGCACUGUUGCAGCACAAUGCCAAAGGAACCUCAAACUGUGUCACUGCAGAAUCUCGUUAGAACGGGAAGACUGUUGGUACACACCAAAAAAAUCCUUCAAAAAUAGGAGUAUGAUUGUUUAGUCUAUUUGUGUGGAAUGCUGCACUUCUAUGUCAUUUUAAAACCCUAUCCGAAAAGAGAACCAUGUAGCCAUGCUAGAAGGGGAAUGUUGUGAAUUGAGUACACGACUCAGACUGGUGCUAUGGGGCAGGUGUAUGUAUGUCUUGUCACUGUCUUCAGAGAGAAAAUAUAAUGGUUUGGGAGAGGGAGGGUUGUUUUUAAUGGGAAAACACUGUCGCAUUUGUAUGGAUGUUUUUAUUGGUUUACUAUUAAAAAGGUGAAAAACAGUAUGGCUUUUCAAAGAAAACCUCAUGUAUUAUUAAAGUUAAGCAUUGUCUGUUAUUGGGGAGCCACACACUCCUCUCCUUCCCUCUCUCCCUGUCCAUGGCCUGUUUUAUACGUCUUCCACUCCUACCUGUGUGUGAAUGUGACUUCCAUAGAGAAGAGAUCCUGAUUCAUUUCUAUGGUGGUUCCCCCCCAUCCUCCACAUGCUGUGGACCAGCCACCAUGGUGCAGAGGGAGCCUGAGGGAGCAGACUGGGCUGUGUAGUAUAGCUGCAGCUGUCCUCCCUCCCUGUAUAACACUCUGUUAACACCCUCGGUGCUUCAGCCUCUGCCUUAAGAGCAGGUGUAGAUUCUUAAAAAGAACAAGAGAUCAAUGCAGUUGGCUUCUGUGUAGUCCAGUGUAAGCUAUAUAGGAUAUCAUCCUGGGAAUUCUCUUUUUUGUUUUGUUGUGCAUAUUUCGGUUACGUUCGUACGAAGUGGCUUAAGCCUUAAAACAGACAAAUGUAAGAGAACCAUAGUAAAGUAUAUAUUAUACACGUUCAUAUAUAAUAUAGGUGUAGACAUGUUAUCACAAAAGGUCAUUAUUUUCAUUGUAACUGUGUCUCAGGUGUUGCUCUCCCUCUCACACACACACACACACAGACAUACACACGUUGUCAUACACACAUCAGAACAGACUUUGCCUUUUGAAGGAAGGGUUAAUGUCAAACUAUAAAAAGGUGGACAUUUUCUGCACACAUUUUUUAGAAUGAGGGAUUUUAAACAUUGUGAAAACAAUCUUUGGGAAGUGUGGUGCAGUCAUUUCUAUUUGCCAGUGAUAUAAAAGGAAUAAAACCAUUUGAAAGCCUUGUUUACCUA